AAAAAUUUCGAACAUAACCUCACAUAACCUACAAAUAUACUUUUAUUGAUUUUAUUGUAAUUGAUACAAAAUGGGAAAAAGUUCAAAAGAUAAACGAGAUAUUUACUAUCGAAAAGCAAAAGAGCAAGGUUGGAGAGCAAGAAGUGCAUUUAAACUUCUCCACAUCGAUCAAAAGUUUGACAUCUUCACGGGGGUUAAAAAAGCUGUAGAUUUAUGUGCAGCUCCAGGUAGUUGGAGUCAAGUUCUUUCAAGGAAGUUGUAUAUGCGCGAAACUACCUUUGAAAUUUUUGAAAAUUCGCCUGAAUCUGUAACGGAUGCAAAAAGCAAGGAAGUUGAUAAAGAUGUCAAAAUUGUUGCUGUCGAUUUGCAACCGAUGGCCCCACUCCCUGGAGUUAUCCAAUUAAAAGGUGAUAUCACUGAUUAUGAAACAGCGGUGAAGAUUAUGGAACAAUUUGAUGAUAAUCCGGCUGAUUUAGUUGUUUGUGAUGGAGCUCCCGACGUGACCGGCAUGCACACUUUAGAUGUUUAUAUUCAAGCCCAAUUAAUAGUUGGGGCUUUACACAUUACAUUUAACAUUUUAAGAAAUGGGGGAACCUUUGUUGCAAAGAUAUUUCGAGCUAAAGGAAGUGAAUUGUUGGUUUCACAAUUAAAUAUGUUUUUUGAAAAUGUUUUUAUUGCAAAACCUUAUAGUUCAAGAAAUAGUAGUGUGGAGGCAUUUAUUGUUUGUAAAAAAUUUAAUCCCCCAGAAGGUUUUGAUCCAAAAUUAGUAUCAAAAUAUUUAGAUACUAACAAUAAAGAUUUUAGUACUCUUACUGGAGUUAAUAGGAUGAUAGUACCAUUUUUGAUUUGUGGCGAUUUUAGCGCUUAUGAUUCUGAUACAACUUAUUCUUUACAGCUUGAAGGUGAACUUCCUUAUAAAUACCACAAUCCCGUUCAACCACCUUUACAACCUCCUUCUGCAGAGUUCAAAAAUAUGAAUUUAUCUGAUAAUACCGGAGCAAUAGCCAAGGAUUUUAAUGUAGAUGAGAAAAAGAAUGAAACUUCAAUUAAAAAUUCAACAUUGCCUCAAAAUCUUGAGGACAAUCAAAGAAGAAGAAAACGAAAAGGUUCGUCUAAAACUGAAGAAACCACCAGCAAUGCAUCUGAUAAAAAAGAUCCCCCAAAAUCAGAUGAUACACAUAAAGAAAAUGAAACGAAUCAAUCUGAAACAACAACUAAAGUUGAUAAAAAUAUCAAAGAAAAUAAAGACGACACAUUAAAAUUUAAUUUUUAUUUCCAUUUGAGUAACCCAUUAAAAAACGCGAUUGCAGAAUUUGAUUAUCAAGUGUACACAAUUAGUAAAGCAAGGGAAAUGAAGUUGAAAGGUGAAAAGUUCGUUGAGACUCCAGAAUGGCAAAUUGAGCAACGAAAAAAAUUUUUAAAAGCUAUCCCUGAUGGAAUUCAACCUAUAUCAUCAGAGAAUGACUUAAAAUAUGAUACCCAUAUGUUGGAUUUUUACAAUAAAUUUGAUAUUGCAAUGAAGGAACAAGAAAGAGCUGGAUGUGGACCAAUUCUUAGGGAAAAAGUUCGUAGAUCUCGUAUGGCUGAAAUGACUGAACCAGUUUGUGAAUGUUAUAAACAAGAUUAAGUUUUUGUUUUGUUAAAGUAAAAUAAAUUACUUGGAUUAAUCUA